GCUCCGUCAGCGCCGUGACGGUGUGAGAGCAGCUCGCUGUGCGCGGGAAGCGAGCGGGGAGCUAACUAGCCGUUAGCAUCGUGCCGGAGAACACGUCACGCCGAACCUCCUCAGAACCCGGGUCCGGACCGGAACCACCGCGCGCAGAACUCAAGUUUAGAGUCGAAUCAGCUGUCAGCGAGCGGGCGCUAAUUCGGCAUACGUCACACACACCGACGCACGCCCCGCCCCCAGUGACCACAGACGGGGAGCCUCCGUCACCAUGACCGACCACAAGCGCCUCGCCUUCUCCAUCCUCCGCUUCCUCCACGACCAGCUGCAGUCAGGGAACCUGAGCUCAGGCGCCCAGGAGAGUCUGGAAGUCGCCGUUCAGUGUUUGGAGACGGCGUUUGAAGUUUCCACUGAUGACCAGAGCCUCGCCGUCCCCAUGACGUUACCGGAGAUCUUCGCCUCUGCCACGGCCAAGCUUCCAGCUGAGUCGCAGGUCAACAACAACUCGACCCAGAACACCCUCACUGAGGAACAGAGAGCCGAGGCUGAGACCCUCAAAACUGACGGAAACGACCAGAUGAAGGUGGAGAACUUCUCGGCUGCUGUUGAGUUUUAUUCAAAGGCCAUCGCCAUCAACCCUGAGAACGCCGUCUAUUACUGCAACAGGGCUGCAGCGUACAGUAAACUGGGGAACUACGCAGGAGCGGUGCAGGACUGUGAACAGGCCAUCAGCAUCGACCCCAACUACAGCAAAGCCUACGGGAGGAUGGGUCUCGCUCUGGCGAGUCUCAACAAGCACACAGAAGCAGCCACUUACUAUAAGAAAGCUCUGGAGCUCGACCCCGACAACGACACCUACAAGACCAACCUGAAGAUCGCCGAGGAGAAGAUGGAGACGCUGAGCCCAACGGCGGGGAUGGGCGGAGUCGACCUGGCUGGCCUGCUCAGUAACCCCGGCUUCAUGAACAUGGCGUCGUCUCUGAUGAACAAUCCUCAGGUCCAGCAGCUGAUGUCAGGGAUGAUGUCAGGAGCGUACGGCGGGAUGGGAGGAGCAGCAGCAGCAGCAGCAGGAGGAGGAGGAGGUGGAGGAGGACUGGGAGCAGGACUCGGAGCAGGACUGGGAGCAGGACUUGGAGGCAUGGGAGGAGCAGGACUCGGAGGCAUGGGAGGAGCAGCAAAUGCAGCGGGGACCGGAGCAGCUGGAGCAGCUGGAGCUCCUGGAGGCGGAGAUCUAUCAGGACUGAUCCAGGCAGGUCAACAGUUCGCUCAGCAGAUGCAGCAGCAGAAUCCUGAACUCAUCGAACAGCUGAGGAGUCAAAUCCGCAACCGAACACCGAGCGCUGGAAACGAGGAGCAGCCAUGACACUCAGACACAGUUGGACCGGUUCAUGUGUGGAGGAGAGGAACCGAUCUGGAUGUUUGGAACUGGAAGGACUUACAGGAAGUUGUUUUUGUUUUCUUUGUUUCAUCGCUGCACGAGAGAACGAAGCCUCCGCUUCACUCAGGAGCCACGGCGCCAAAAAAACCAACAGACCAACAAACGGCCACUUCCUGCGGCUCUGUGCAGGUUUUAGGAAGAACACUCUGACGUAACACUUUAAUAUCAGACAGAUUGAUUCUAAUAAAUUCUGCUAACGAGGUUUCAAGCGGCCCAGUUUAAAACAGAAGCUUGAAAUUUGUUCUUAAAACUACACAGUGUAACUUCACAUGUUUCUGUCCAGUCUUUGUUUAUGACAGGUGUGUGUGACAGUGUGUGUCAGGGUUUAUUCAGUGGGUCACAUGAAGCUGUGAGGAGGCAGAGCGAGCUGUUCAACCAGUCUGAGAAUUAAAACAAGAAUCAACAUUUUAACUCUUCUGUGUGACGUCUGUUGAUUCAGAUCAAACUAAAAUCUGCAGUUUGUUUUCUGAUCAGCACAAAAAUCAUCAAUCACUAAUUAGCAGUGAUGAAGACUCCACGUCGCCCUCUUCUCCAGUGAACGUAACUAAAACCACCAAAUUCUCUGACACAAGUUCUGUGUGUGAAAUCUUACUCAAGUACUGUACGGUACCGUAAUGUUUCCUUCUGACCCGGUUCACCUGUCGUCUGUUUUCCGUCUGAUUCUGUCUGUCCUGAAUGUUUGUUCAGCCUCGUUUACAAAACGUUCCAUCAAAAUCCAUCAAAACAUUUAACAUGAAACCAGUUUAAACUGGAUUUCUGUUCUGGUAUGCAAAUUAUGAAUGAAUGCUAACGCGUCAUUUGCAUAUUUGAACAGAAACAUUCAGGAAACUUGUUUUAAUGAGUCAUCAGCUGGGGAAGCUUCCUGUUUUCACUCUGUACUGUCUGUUUGAAGGAAGUGACUUCACUUUGUAACUAAAGCUGUCAAAUGUAAUCGAGUAAAAAGAUUUCCCUCUGACAUGCAGCAUGAAAACAAACAAAGUAACUUUCCAUCACUGCGAAUUAGCUUUAAUGACUCAACAUGUCCCACGCUGUCUGCCACUCUGAGGAUUUCUUCUCUCGUUCUGUGAAUUUGAAUCGUUUUACUAGAAUAAAAGUUCUAAACAAAAAACAGAUGGAAGUCAAAAACAAAUGUAUGCGUCUUAAUUCAAACAAAAACCCGUGAAUAACUUCUUCUCGUCUGAUCUUUACGAACUUCAAAGAUUAAUCUGAUCGUUAAGAGCGAUGCCGAGCUGAAGUCUCUGAUGAGCUUUGUUAACGAUCACUUUAAGUGCAUGAAUGAACGAGUCGCAGUUUUCUGAUGAAUGUAUAUGAAUGCAUAAACUCUGAUACUCCCCUCAACAUGAUGUUUAAUGAUACUUUCAUUUUAUUUGUUUCUGUCAGAAGUUUCCUUCAUUAAUAUUCAUGAUUCAGGAAAUACAUAUUAAUAAACAUAACACAUACUUACUGUA